AUGCGCCCGCCCGCCGCGCCGCUCCUCCUGCUGCUGCUGCUCGGGCUGCUGCUCUUGAGCCGCUGUGGCUCCCUGGGAGCCCGAGCCUCCGCCGCCGCCCACCGCCCCGCGCCGCCGCCCGCCGCCCCCCAGCACCUGCGCUUCCGAGCCCGCGCCUUCCAGCACCUGCUCCUCUGGGCCCCCGCCCGCCCCGCCUCGCCGCCCCGCCGCCCCCUCCUCUACGAAGUGCAGUGCAAGCGGUACGGCCACCCCAGCUGGACGCCGGUGCCCCGCUGCGCCGCCAUCGCCCGCUGCUCCUGCGACCUCACCGCCCAGACCCCGCCCCAGCGGCCCUCCCGACGCUAUUACGCCCGAGUCCGCGCCCUGGACCUGGACCGCCGCCGCGCUUCCCCCUGGACCGUCUCUGCUCCCUUCUCCCCCAACGAAGCAGCUCUGCAGUUGUGGAACCUGAGCCUGUCUCUCUCCGGCAAUGACUUGUGGGUGACUCUGGGGGAGGUCUACAAAGAGCUGCACCUGGGCAGGUGGGGCCACUACCAAGUCUAUGUCCGGAGGGAAUCCAACGACACCCAGUACAUGCUGGUGCAAACCAACCGGAGGUUUAAGCUGCCUGAGGUGUUGUGGGGUGAGCGGUACUGUGUCAGCGCGGAGCUCCACCUGCCCUCCUGGCCCAAUCCUCCCCAUCGGACAGAAGAGCAGUGCAUCUCGACCCCUCCCCCAACCGACAGCGGCAGGGCCACGGCCAUCCUCGGCUUGACCCUUCUCAGCCUGGUGGCUCUUGGCACGCUAGCAGUGGCCUGGGGCUGUGCUUAUGUGAAGAAGCCCACGGAGACCCCGUCGGUGCUGAAAUCUCUCCAGAAGCAGACUUCCCUGGCACCGUGGCGGGAGCCCUGGCCCCUUUGGAUGAGCGGCGGGGGUCUGUGCUUGGAAGAAGCGGAGUCCAUCCAUCCCAUUUCCCUGGGGCUGAAGACCCACCCCCACCCAGCCACUGUGAGCCAGCCCAGCAGAACAGCCUGGCCAGUUCCAGAGGAGGGGAUGUGCCGGAGGCCAGAAGCCUUCGCCAGCAGCAGGGCAAGCAGCCCCCGGCUCCGAGACCUGCUGGACAGCAGUGGCUGCAGCACUGACAGCGGCAUCUGUCUGCAAGACCCGCUGGGCAGCCGCCAUGGCCUCCUUCUGCCCACGGGACCCUGGGAGCAUGGGGGACUCCUGCUGGAAAGCAAAGGAGAGGGGGUCAUCCGGAAGGAGCAAGAGGAGCAGUUGCUUGGGGCAGCGUCCCCUGCCAGUGAGGCGGAGCUCGUGGGCCGGGACUCAGAAGAGGCGCUGACGCAAGCGAAGCCAUCCCCCGCGCAGGUCCCCGGGCACCAAAGGCAGGCAGGGGCCCCAGGGGUGGCAGCUCUGGGCUCUUCCAGCUGCCCGCCCAGCUUCGAGAGCAUGGCCCACUCCCAGCAGGUCUCCGUCUCUGGCUACUUGAAGCAGGCCUCGGUGGCCGUCCCCUCUGCCCCUGUGGCCCCACAGGCAGGCCUGCGGUCCUCCCUUGGCAGCACCCACCAGGGGCAACAGCAGCACCUUCUGUUCAGCACAGCCCUGCCAGGGGGCUUGGAGUUCCCCAAGGCCCUUCUAGCUUCCAGCUUCCUGGAACAGCAGGAGCCCCUCUUGCGCGCCAGUGCACCCUCGGCCUGGACCUUCCCUGGCACCCCGUGUGACGAGGACUCUCUCCAGAGACAUGCCUGGAGGAGGAGGAGCCAUGUGGUGGGUGGCAGAGAGGAGGAGUGGGUGGGACCUCUGAGUUGCUUUGACCCACUUCCUCUUCCUGCUGGGGGCACUCUGCUUUUGUGCCGCUCAGAGACCUGA